GAGAGCAGCCAUAGUCAAGACACGGCAACAACACCACCACUACCUCGUCCUUCUGUGUUCAUACCCCCAACAACACUCUUAAAACCGGGGACAGCCAGGUGCACGACAAGUCCCUGCCACCAGACACUCGCAUACAAUUUCAAUGGGAAAAAUCCUUUUUUCUUCUUAUCCCUAAACAAGGAGGAGAAUGUGAGAAAAAGGGGAGAAAAUGCCCCGGAGGAAGCAGGAGCAACCCAAACGCCUGCCUGCACAUCUGGACAGAGUCGAGGAGGAGGAAGCGGAUGGAGAGCUUGCGGAAGACGACGGCUGGUUCGGGAACGCCUCCGACACUCCCUCCGAGUCGUCGUACGCGGACGUGCAAGAUGACCUCCGCGUUUCCCCCGACGACCCCCGGGACACCUCGGCCGAGAGCUCCCUGGGCUGCCCCACGCCCGUGCCCCGGGCCUCCCUGGACCUCCUGGGGCUGGAGGAGGCCUUCCAAGCGGGCGGGUAUUCGGCCCAGGACACCCUCUCCUCCGUUGUGUCCUCUCUCUACGGCGAGGCCUCCCAGGCGCUGGGCAAGCCUCUGAGCAGCAACCUGCGGCGGCUCCUGGAGGCCGGGUCGCUCAGGCUGGAGGCGGCGGAGCUGGCGGGGCGGGGCCGGGACUCGCCCCCCAUGAGCCUGGGCUCCAGCGUGUCCCCGUCCUCCCACCACGCUAAGCAGCUGAGCGCCCUGGCCCGGAAGCUGGCCAAAAACUCCUCCUCCUCCACCUCCUCGGCCUCGCCCGCCUCCAUGGCGACCGGCAACGCUGUCAAGCAGGAGCCGUGCGACCCCUUCGCCGGGAGCAACGGGGGCGGCGGCUUCGUGUGGGUGGGCGGGGCCGACGUGUGGCCGCCCGCCUCCUGCUCCGCCCCCAGCAGCGGCAGCAGCCUAUCGCCGGACUCGGCCAUCCAGAAGCUGAAGGCCGCGGCCAACGCCGUGCUGCAGGACAAGAACGCCGUGGCGUCCUCGGCCUCGGCCUCGUCCUCCUCUUCCUCCUCCUCAUCCUCCUCCUCCUCGUCCUCCUCCUCCUCAGUGGUGGCGGUCGGGGGCCGGCCGGAGGAGGCGGUGAGGUUCGACGCCUUCGCCUCCCCCUUCAGCCCGCAGUCGGCCAGCUCCACGCUGGCGGCCCUCUCCAAGAAGGUGAGCGAGAGGGGCCUCUCCGGGCCGGAGCAGACCUCCCCCGCCGGCUCCUUCCUCUCGCUCGUCUCCAUGACGUCCUCCGCGGCGCUGCUCAAGGAGGUGGCGGCUCGGGCCGCCGGGAACCUCCUCGCCGAAAAGAAGGAGGCCGUGCUGCCAGCUGGCCCUCCGGACGACGCCAAGGCCCAGUCGGACAGGAACCAGAAGGCCCCCACGCCCAGUCAGCCACUGGACCUUCUGCUGCCCCCCACCCCCAAAGGAAAGGUCAAAUCCAGCAGUCAAGGGUCCCCAGAAGAUGUUGGGAAGCCCUUCCAGUGCCCGGUGUGCGGCCUGGUCAUCAAACGCAAGAGCUACUGGAAGAGACACAUGGUGAUCCACACCGGCCUCAAGAGUCACCAGUGUCCCAUGUGCCCCUUCCGCUGCGCCCGCAAAGACAAUCUCAAGUCCCACAUGAAGGUCCACCAGCACCAGGACCGGGGGGAGACGUUCCAGUGUGAGUUGUGCCCCUUCACCUCCUCCCGCCACUUCAGCCUAAAGCUGCACAUGCGCUGUCACCAGCACUUCCCCCGCUCCGAGCUCAAGGUGAAGGAGGAGGUCACCACCGACACCGAGGGCGAGGGCGAGCUCCCGGGGGACGCCAAGGGGCCCGGGGCCGGCUCGCCGCUCCCGCCCGAAGCCCUGCUCCGGGGCUCGCCGGCCGGGACGCCCAACCACGUCCACGUGAAGGAGGAGCCCCAGGAGCGCGACGUUUCGGCCCCGUCCCCCUUCGCCCUCUGCCGGGAGCGGUCGGCCAGCAGCGGGGCCAGCCCCCUGGAGCCCCCGGGGCCCAAAUCCAGCCCCCCGACCCCCAUCGGCGUCUCGCUCUUCAGCCCCGACAUCUCCACCAAGACCGCCUCCGACCUUCUCAUCAAGCUCUCGGCGGCCAAUCAGAAGGAGUUGCUGAAGCCGCAGACGUUCUGUGUGAAGGAGGAGCCCCUGUCGGAGGGGCCCCUGAGCCCCCGGCUGCCACAGACCCAGCCCAGCUACGUCUUCUGCCCCGAGAGGGCGACACGGACGCCCGAGUGCUCCCUGAAGACCAGGGAGGACAGCCCGCUGGGGAAGAGCGGCAUUCUGAGUCAGGACAUCAACGUCAAAGUGGCGUCCGAACUGCUGAUGAAACUCUCAGAAAACAACAACAAGGAGGCGCACGUCCCCACGGCAACGGUGAAGGCCGAGCCCAUGGAGGUGGACCCCCCGGAUGAGAGCCCCCAGCCCCCGGCUCGGCUGCUGGGCUUCAGCCCUCUGCCGGGCUGCGAGAAGAGCGAGCCCCUGGCCGGCCUCGCCGAGGGCCUGGCCCACCCCCAGAAGGCCCUCUUCUCCCAGGACAUUUCCGUCAAAAUGGCCUCCGAGCUCCUGUAUCAGCUGUCAGAAAAAGUGAGCAAAGCUAACAACCACAAAGACGGCAACAUGCUGGGCAUGAGCAGCCCUUUCCUUGAAGACCGCUUUGGACAAUCACCCUUCUCGUCCGGAUCCAAGGACCCGGUCCCCAGUGAGGCCUGUUCAUCAGCCAGGGCCGGUGGACAUGAUCCGGAGAAGGCGGGAGCGGACGGGAUGUGGAGGCUGAACGAGCAGCUGUACCCCUGCCCCGUGUGCGGGAAGGUGUUCGGCAGGCAGCAGACGCUCUCGCGACACUUGUCCCUCCACACAGAGGAGCGGAAGUACAGGUGCCACCUGUGUCCUUACGCGGCCAAGUGCCGGGCCAACCUCAAUCAGCACCUCACCAUUCACUCCGUCAAACUGGUGAGCACCGACGCUGAGCAGAUCGUCACUGCCGUCACUGCAGAGAGCAGCCACCGCAACAACUGUCCCUACUACUACAGCUGUCACGUGUGCGGCUUCGAGACGGAGCUCAACGCGCAGUUCGUCAGCCACAUGUCGCUCCACGUGGACAAGGAGCAGUGGAUGUUCUCCCUCUGCUGCAGCUCCUGCGAGUUCGUGUGCAGCGACGAGGGCGACAUGAAGACGCACAUGGGCAGCGACCACGCAGGCCUCAGCUCCAGGAGCCCCCUCAGUGAGACCAAAAGCACCUCCUCCUCCCUCUCCGCCCUCAGCGACUCCCUCAACGGCUCCGAGAGCAGUGACAUCACCCACGCCCACGAGGAGCUCAAGAGCCUGCUGGCCCCGCCCUCGUCCGGGGGCAGCCAAUCCGGAUCGGGGGCAGAAGAUAAAUCUGAGAAAGGCUUGGAGUGCGUAUUCUGCAACUUCGUGUGUAAGACGCGGACCAUGUACGAGCGACACCUGCAGAUCCACCUGAUCACGCGCAUGUUCGAGUGCGACGUCUGCCACAAGUUCAUGAAGACGCCCGAGCAGCUGCUGGAGCACAAGAAGUGCCACACAGUCCCUACCGGAGGACUGAAGUGUCCGUUCUGCAUCUACUCCACCAACCGGCCGGCGGCCAUGGAGUGUCACCUGAAGACGCACUACAAGAUGGAGUACCGCUGCCGGAUCUGCCAGGCCCUGAAGCCCAACCAGCUGGAGCUGGAGACGCACGUCCGCGGGCACCGGCUGGGCAACCACUACAAGUGCGAGCAGUGCGGCUACCUGUCCAAGACCGCCAACAAGCUGAUCGAGCACGUGCGCGUGCACACGGGCGAGCGGCCCUUCCACUGCGACCAGUGCGGCUACAGCUGCAAACGCAAGGACAACCUCAACCUGCACAAGAAGCUGAAGCACGCCCCGCGCCAGACCUUCAGCUGCCCCGAGUGCCCCUUCGCCACCACCCACCCCUUCGUCUUCAGCCGCCACGUCAAGAAGCACCAGGGCGGCGACGGGGAGGAGCCCCCGGAACCCGCCCUCGGCCUGUCCGCCUGCCACGCCCUGCGGUCGGUGGCCCUGUCGGUCUCCGGGAAACAGCAGGAGGCUGGGCGGGCCCCUCGCUACCUCUCGGCCAAGUGCUCCUCCUCCUUCUCCUCCUCCUCUUGCUCCUUCUCCCUGCGCUACGAGGAGUACAGGAACUCGGAGCUGGCCCACCUCAUCCCCCUCACCACCCUCUUCCCCCCGAGCCAGUUUGGGGGAGGGGGGACAUUCCAGGCCCCUCCCCCGCCCCCCACCAGGCCGCGCCCAGCCUCCUCCUGCUCCUCGCCCUCCUUGCUCUCCUCCCCGUCCCCCACCUCCUUCAAGCACUCCUUUCUGGCCUACCUGGGGCUCAGGGAGCGAGCGGAGGCGGUGUGAAGCUCCUCCUGCCACCUCCUGCCACCUCCUCCAGGACAGUGGGAGAAACAAACUGCUCCAAUGUGGUCAGACCUUUCCAGUCCAGUCAAAAUAACAUGCUGGGUUUAAACAAAAACAAACAAAAAAAAACAAGUGAAGGUACCUAAAGAAAUGCAUUUAUAAAAAAGCUAUAUGUGCUUCAGUUAAAUCAAAGCUGCUUUUCUUCUCCAUUAAUCAAUGACUAUUAUUAUUAUUUUUGUUUUUACAGUUUUAUUUUUAUUUGUAUUUUUUUACUCGGAUAUCAAGUUAUGACUGAGCAGGAACCCACCGCAUUACCUGAAAAUGUGUCCUGCAACAGCAAAUAUGGAGAAAAGACGGAACCACAUACGUGCUGCAUACAUGUGUAUUUUUGUCUUAAUCAAAUCAUUAGAAUGCAUGCUUGCGUAUGUGCUCCAGUUUAGUGUUUUGAUUAUUAGGAAAGACACAUUUUUUUUUUCUUUUUCUUUUUAGCUCCACAGACUAAAACGUCCACGAAACUCUUUUUCCAAUUUUGCAAAGCAAUGUAUCACUUAACCGGUAUAAGCAUACUGUAUAUAUUUUUGUAGCCUUCUAGCCGUUUUUUUUAACGGUGGUAUACCAUGGGCAAUCAGCCAUCUGCAGAAUUGGACACAUUUCAGGUUGUAACUAACAUUUUUCAUUCGCUGUGCAAGCAAUCGCAUACUGGGGCUCAAGUGAUGUUUUCAAGGUCCAAGCAACGGUGAAAUGACACGAAUGUCCAGUCAUGACAGGGGUUCAGUCUAAUUAAUCCGUUUUCUGUUCAAGCACUGCUCAAACUGCACACACGUGAGAUAAAACCAGUCAAAUGCGGUCAAUGCGUUUUUCGCCAUUUGGCUUUUUUGGACCAUACUACCCAUCCAUAGUUUGGAACAAAGAGAUCUGUCAACCAUGUUUUAUUCUGGAAAAGAGGAACAAGCAAACUUUCAAAAGAAAAUUUAACAAAGAUUUUUUUUUUUUUUUUUUAACUAGCCGCGCUUGUGGCGGUAGUUUCAAACGCUCUCAGCCAGAGAUGUAUACUAAAGUGUACUUUGCUGUUGGCAGUAUAGGGGAGUGGAGUCACUCUACGCAAAAAUUGUUUAGGUUUCAUUCCAGUACUUAACACAUAACAUAAUGUGUCAUAGUGUAUUUUAACACACCCCGAUUUUCCAUUCACUGUAAUUGUAUCAUGGAGGCGACAGGCUGGGGGUAUCUGCCCAAUCUCCCUGUCCCUCGAACAGUGCCGAUAUAAUGGUGCUUUUUGGAGCUUUUGUAAUCUGUAUAAUAAUCGUUCCAAAAUGACUUGAAUGAAUGUAUUGCUUUUUAAUGUAAAUGUGGAAAGUGAUGCUGAGGUAGACGUGAAGAGUGAUCUUUCAGAUAUUGGUGGCCUUCUGUUUGUGUUCUUUAUCCAAACAAGCUUUUUUUCUUUUUUAAGUACAAAAUUUUGACCCAAAUACUUUCU